AGUGCUGGCCUUUGGCUGGCUGGUUUUUCAAAACAAGCUUCCUGUCUGGUCUUUGUGUGAUAAGUGUGUUUUUGCCUCUUUUCAGUGACGGUUGGGCAGACAGAGAUGAAGUCAUUGAAGGUUACGAACCUGAAGCAAAUGGAGGUAUCACUAUCAAACUGCAGUCUCCAGAGGUCCUGUCGUUUGAUGACUACUAUCUGAAGCUGCGUCUGGACACCAACACCCGCAACCCCUGGUUUCCUGAGUUCUGGCAGCACAGAUUUCAGUGCCGCAUCCCAGGGCAUCCACUAGAGAAUCCUAACUUCCAGAAGAACUGCACUGGCAAUGAGACCCUAGAAGAAAACUAUGUGCAGGACAGUAAAAUGGGAUUUGUCAUCAAUGCUAUAUAUGCUAUGGCUCAUGGGCUCCAAAAUAUGCAUCAUUCCCUUUGCCCUGGAUAUGUUGGUCUGUGUGAUGCGAUGAAGCCAAUUGAUGGAAGCAAGCUCUUGGAGUUCCUUCUCAAAUCCUCAUUCAUCGGUGUUUCUGGAGAAGAAGUUUGGUUUGAUGAAAAGGGAGAUGCUCCUGGAAGGUAUGACAUCAUGAACCUGCAGUACAUAGAGCCCAACCGCUAUGACUAUGUCCUCAUUGGGACCUGGCAUGAAGGCGUGCUCAACAUCGAUGACUACAGGAUUCAGAUGAACAAGAGUGGAAUGGUCCGAUCUGUGUGCAGCGAGCCUUGCUUGAAGGGCCAGAUUAAGGUGAUCAGAAAAGGAGAAGUGAGUUGCUGCUGGAUUUGCACUGCUUGCAAGGAGAAUGAGUUUGUUCAGGAUGAAUUCACAUGUAAAGCCUGUGAGCUUGGCUGGUGGCCGAAUGCUGACCUAACAGGCUGUGAACCCAUCCCUGUAAAGUACCUCCAGUGGAGCAAUAUAGAGUCUAUUGUGGCCGUGGUCUUUUCCUGCCUGGGGAUCCUGGUCACCAUGUUUGUCACCCUUAUCUUUGUGCUCUACAGGGACACCCCUGUUGUCAAAUCCUCCAGCCGGGAGCUCUGCUACAUUAUCCUUGCUGGCAUCUUUCUGGGUUACGUCUGCCCUUUCACCCUUAUAGCUAAACCCACCACGACAUCCUGCUACCUCCAACGCCUUCUGGUGGGUCUCUCUUCUGCCAUGUGCUAUUCCGCCCUCGUGACCAAAACCAACCGCAUCGCACGCAUCCUGGCAGGCAGCAAAAAGAAGAUCUGUACCCGCAAGCCACGUUUCAUGAGCGCCUGGGCACAAGUGGUCAUUGCCUCCAUUUUGAUCAGCGUACAGCUGACACUGGUGGUCACGCUGAUCAUCCUGGAGCCCCCGAUGCCCAUCCUCUCCUACCCCAGCAUUAAGGAAGUUUACCUUAUCUGCAACACCAGCAACCUAGGCGUUGUGGCUCCUGUGGGCUACAAUGGGCUCCUUAUCAUGAGCUGCACGUACUAUGCCUUCAAGACUCGCAACGUGCCUGCCAAUUUCAACGAGGCCAAGUACAUUGCGUUCACCAUGUACACCACGUGUAUCAUCUGGCUGGCCUUUGUGCCUAUCUAUUUCGGGAGCAACUACAAGAUCAUCACCACCUGUUUUGCAGUGAGCCUGAGCGUGACAGUGGCCCUGGGGUGCAUGUUCACUCCUAAGAUGUACAUCAUCAUAGCCAAGCCUGAGCGGAACGUCCGCAGUGCCUUCACCACCUCAGAUGUGGUGCGUAUGCAUGUCGGCGAUGGCAAGGCACCUUGCAAGUCCAACACUUUCCUCAACAUAUUCCGGAGAAAGAAGCCAGGGGCGGGAAAUCCAAAUUCUAAUGGAAAGUCUGUGUCAUGGUCUGAACCAGGUGGAAGACAAGCUCCCAAGGGAGAGCACAUGUGGCACAGACUCUCAGUGCAUGUGAAGAGCCAGGAGACAGGGUGCAAUCAGACAGCGGUGAUCAAACCCCUCACUAAAAGCUACCACGGCCAAACCAAGAGCCUGACUUUUACCGACAUCAGCAGUAAGACUCUCUACAAUGUGGUGGAGGAAGAAGACAGAGAGCCCAUUCGCCUCAACCAGCCCAGCAGCCCCUCCAUGGUGGUGCACAGGCGGGUGGCGACACCCCCCCCGCUGCAGGCCGCAGCGGAGGAGACCCACCUCUUCUUGCCUGAGCAGCCCCCCAAGACCCUGCCCUUGCAGCCGCGGUCUCUCAUGGACCAGCUGCAAGGAGUGGUCAACAAAUUUGCCACCGGCAUCCCCGACUUCAACGCCAUCCUGCCCGUGCCUGGGUCAGGGAACGGGGUGCAGCCUUCCUGCCAGCCCCCCCUGCCUCAACAGCCACCCCUGCCGCCUCUCCAGGUGGCCACAUUCAGCGAGGAGCCCCUGUCUCCCCCAGCCGAGGAAGCGGAGAGCGAGAAGCUGAAGCUCAUUCAGGGAUACGUCUAUGAAAAGAACCCAGAGGAGGAGGAGGACGAGGAGCCAGCAACCAGCAAGCUCACCCUGGAAGACUCUCCGGCGCUGACGCCCCCAUCCCCUUUCCGGGAUUCGGUGGCUUCGGUCAGCUCUGUGCCCAGCUCCCCCGUCUCGGAGUCAGUGCUCUGCACCCCCCCCGAUGUGACCUAUGCCUCUGUCAUCCUGAGGGAUUAUAAGCAAAGCUCGUCUACCCUCUAG